CCCCCCGGAUCCAAACCCUAGCGUCCGCCCUCAAGUCGACCGAGCCCGUCCUAAAACCCUCGGACCACGAGCCAAUCAUGCCCCCCUCCACGCUCAACCACCUGGCCGCCACCGCCGCCGCCGCCGGCGGGAACGGGAAACCCCUGUCCCCCGCUGCCCCGGCGGCGGCGCGCUCGGUGCGCCUGCCUAAGGCGCGCCUCCCGGGACCCGUCUCCGCCGCGACCGCGGCCGCUCGCGCGGACCCCGCGGAGGAUAGGGUUUCCGCGCUGAGCCAGGUCUCCGGCGUGCUGGGGUCGCAGUGGGGGGAUGAGGGGAAGGGCAAGCUCGUCGACGUGCUGGCCCCGCGCUUCGACAUCGUCGCGCGCUGCCAGGGUGGAGCAAAUGCUGGACACACCAUCUAUAACUCUGAAGGCAAGAAAUUUGCCCUUCAUCUUGUUCCAUCUGGUAUCCUCCAUGAAGGGACACUUUGUGUUGUUGGCAAUGGAGCGGUGAUCCAUGUUCCAGGGUUCUUUGAAGAAAUUGAUGGUCUUGAGUCCAAUGGAGUCUCCUGCGAUGGAAGAAUACUGGUUUCUGACCGGGCACAUCUGCUGUUUGAUCUGCACCAGGUUGUAGAUGGACUUAGGGAAGCUGAGCUGGAAAAUUCCUUUAUAGGGACAACUAAGAGAGGCAUUGGACCUUGUUACUCAAGCAAGGUAACUCGAAAUGGACUGCGAGUUUGUGAUCUAAGGAACAUGGACACUUUUGGGGAUAAGCUUGAUGUCUUAUUUAAAGAUGCUGCUUCGAGAUUUCAAGGCUUCGAGUACAGCAAAAGCAUGCUCAAGCAAGAGGUUGAGAGGUACAAGAGGUUUGCAGAGCGCUUGGAGCCCUUCAUUGCUGAUACUGUCCAUGUAUUAAAUGAAUCUAUCCAGCAUAAGAAGAAAAUUCUAGUUGAAGGUGGCCAGGCAACAAUGCUGGAUAUUGAUUUUGGUACCUAUCCAUUUGUGACUUCUUCUAGCCCUUCAGCUGGUGGGAUAUGCACUGGCCUUGGGAUUGCCCCAAGGGUAAUCGGUGACCUGAUUGGAGUGGUCAAAGCUUACACAUCAAGAGUUGGCUCUGGUCCUUUCCCAACUGAACUAUUUGGAGAGGAAGGUGAUCGCCUUAGGAAAGCUGGAAUGGAAUUUGGCACGACAACAGGCCGUCCAAGGCGAUGCGGCUGGCUUGACAUUGUUGCACUGAAGUACUGCUGUCAAAUCAAUGGAUUCUCAUCACUGAAUCUGACCAAACUUGAUGUUCUGUCCGACCUGCCAGAAAUUAAGGUGGGGAUUUCGUAUAACACAACUGAUGGACAGAAGCUACAAUCCUUCCCUGGGGAUCUUGACACCCUGGAGAAAGUACAGGUCAGCUAUGAGGUGCUGCCUGGGUGGCAAAGUGACAUUUCUUCAGUUCGAAGUUACAAUGAACUUCCCCAAGCUGCCCGCUGCUAUGUGGAGAGGAUAGAAGAGCUUGUUGGUGUUCCAGUGCACUACAUUGGUGUUGGGCCUGGGAGAGAUGCUCUCAUAUACAAGUAGAAGUCACUUCAUUUGGUCCCCAGGCAACUGGACAGAAAAAUCAAGCCCUAACUAGCCUCGAGCAUUUUCUCUUAUUAUUCAUCUUCGUUGUCAUGGUAGCUGUGAUACAGCGAAGUUACUGGCUGGUGGAGUGAUCUAAUGUGCACACUAAUAAAACAUCUUCCGAAACAUUUGCUAAGGCGAAUAAGGAUGAGCGCUUUGCACUAUGUUUGACUCAACCAAAUCAUAUAUUUUGUACUAAUUGAGCCUGGUGUAAUGUGGUACGAAAAAUCUGGAUUGGAUACUCUGCUGAUGCCUACCUUUUGGUUUUUUGUUGAAAAUGAGACAUACCUGAUCGAAA